AUGGGAACUCACUCUCAAAAUGCCCUCCUCCUUCCCCUGCUAGUGGCGUUCCUUCUAAUCCUCCCAAACGGCGGCGCGGCGGCCUCCGGCAACCCGAGGUCCCGGGUUAAGUACGAGCCUAUCGUGGAUCCCGAGGAUUCCCCGAUCCGGGAUCUCGCCGAGUUUGCCGUGCGGCGGCACAAUAAAGACUCUGGUGACAGUCUGGUUUUGACUCGCGUCCUCGGUGGGCAGCAACAGCCGGUGUGGAAGGGGGCGAACUACCGGCUGGUGAUUGGUGCCGAAGUUGACAGCGGUGCGGAAGACCUCUACUUGGCCGUUGUGUACCAGAAGCCUGGGAAGAGGUUCCUGGAUCUCGCGGCCUUUAAUCUCAUCGCGUAG